AUGGAGGUGGUGAACACGCCCAGCCCGGAGCUAGCCCUCACCAACCGCGCCUUCGUCUCCGCCGCCGACCUCCGCCGACUCCUCGACUCCAUUGCCCUCGUCGGCGAAGCCCUCGUCCUCACCAUAAGAUAUCCUUACUCCAUCUCACUAGUCCAUUUGUCCUACUUGUGGUUGUGGCUGGUUGGAGCCUUCGUCGGAUCUAUCGUAUGGCAAGGCGAAACAGAGAAGAACGUGACUGAUCUAUCUGGAGAUGUUGAUAAUGGACAGAGAACACAUGGUGAUGAUAGUGACCUUCAUGUCAUCAUCUUUGAUGAAAUUGAUGCUAUUUGCAAGGUAAAUCACCUUUACCCUCUGCUUCACAUCCUUUUAUAUUUCCACUUAUUCAAGCUCUCCCAACACAUGAGGAUGAGCUGUAUCUUUCCUGUUAGUGUAGACAGAGAGCUGGAAGGAUCUAAUGUCGAGCACUGUCUAAUGGUUGAUGCUAUUUGGCACUCAGACCUGGACGGACACAAUCAAUCAUGCAAAGCACUAAAGGUAACAUAUGCCUAUCUUAAUGAAGCUGCACGAAUCAAGAACUACAGUGGGGCAGAACUGGAAGAACUUACCCCUGCAUUUGGAGCAUCUACUGAUAACCUUGAAAGAUGCAGGUUACUGGAGUAUGUUGCUGUUGGACCACAUUAUUCAAACUUGAUCUCUCAAACACUUCUGGUUCUCCUCAAGAGAGUUCCUCCAAAGAAAUGCAGGAUCGGAUGGAUUGCUGAAGAAAUUCACUAUCUCACAGAUGUGAGGGAACAAAAGUUCCUGUCCGGUGAAGGCACCGAACAUAUGGACUAUUCUUCGAUCGAUAAUGAUGAGAUGUUGGAUGACCAUUGGUCCAGAGAAGCCAACUAUAACGCAGAGAAGUAUUUUGAAGAAGACUAG